AUGGGUUUCUGGGGAAGAAGCAGGUUUGAGACCGAAGGAAAGCACAUUUUAGUAACUGGCGGAUCUCAAGGCUUUGGGCUGGCCCUUGCGAAGCAACUAGUACUUCGUGGCGGCCAUGUAACCAUUGCUGCCAGAACAGAGAGUAAACUGAAAGUUGCCGUAGAGGAACUCCUAAAAUUGAAGGCUCACGAUGAUCAGGUUAUUCAGUAUAGAAGUGUGGACUUGACAAAUUACGAAGACGUCAAAACCAUGAUUGAUUGUCUGGAAGUUUGUCCAGACCAUUUGGCUCAUUGUGCUGGCUCUUCGUAUCCUGGCUUUUUCGUAGAUCUUCAUCCAGUCGUGUUUGAAAAUCAAAUGCGUCAAAACUAUUUGGCUUCUGUUUACAUCACUCAUGCGCUGAUUAAACGAAUGAAAGAUAUUUCAGUACCUUAUUCACGAAGGAUAAUGUUAACCUCUUCCAUCCUAAGCGCUCUUCCUCUUGUAGGCUAUAACGCAUAUAGCCCUACAAAGGCGGCUGUCCGAGCUUUAGCCGAUGGUUUACGACAAGAGUGCAUUCUCUAUGGAAUAGAAGUUUCUAUCUUCUUGCCGGCCACCAUCCUUUCUCCUGGUUACGAAGAAGAAAACAGACUGAAGCCUUCUUUGGUAUUGGAAAUGGAAAAGUCAGAUAAAGCACAGACAUGUGAAACUGUUGCUUACUAUUGCAUGAAAGGACUCGAUAAUGGUGAUUUCGCUAUUACCAAUAAUUUUGUAGGAGAUAUUAUGAAAAACCACUCUCGUACCUCCAGUCCCCACGAUAAUCCUAUAUUGGAAUUCCUGUAUUGUAUGCUUACUUUCUUUGUGUGGCCUUUUGUUCGAACUCAGUUAGAUCAAGAUGUGUAUAAGUAUGCUCUAGAACAUCGUUUGAGGACUGUCGCACCCAGCCGGUCUAAUUCUUUCGUCACUCUCUUGUUAAGCAGCAUACAAUUUUGUAUUUUUUAUUACCUUAUCCCAAGCCUAGUGGCCAACCCUUAUGUGACAUUGUUGAAAACUUUCCCACUAUGGCUUUUAUUGCAAACAAUCCAAACAUAUUUUCAAAGACCUCGUGGCCAUUUCACUCUUGCUACCAUCAUCCGUUCUAUUGGAGCUAUGUCUUUGGGAAGUGUUGUUAUCGCUUUCACUCUCUUAGCCUUUGGUGCACCAUUGGUCAAUAAUUUCCAGCUAAGCUUUCUUUGCGCUGCUACCCUUUCGGUCCUUAUAAUAUACCCUUUAUCCUUUUUCUUCCAAGCUGACUAUAUGUGUUGGGGCCAGUUCCUUGCUUUUAAACAAUUCAAAACUUUGGGUAGUUUACAAUACCGUGCAUGGGGUCCAAUACUCGGAGCUUGGGCAGGCGCUAUACCGAUUCCUUUGGACUGGGAUCGACCCUGGCAAGCAUGGCCCAUUACUGUUGUCGUUGGGUCAUUUAUUGGUCAUCUAAUUGCUACAAUACUCGGAGAAUUACUACAAUAA